UACUAAAUCUGUUAUGGGUCAGGUACACCUUACAAUGUACUCUCUUAAAUACAUAACCGAAUUCUGUCAACUUCACUGCAUAUUUAAACACUUGGCAUUGCUAAUUAAAGGGGCAAAUAAAGAUGAGUGAACUGACCUCUUUCGUCUGGGAAAAGUACACACUUCCCAGCAAGAAAUCGCGUUCUUAGCUUCCCAUAAGUAGCAGUGCAGUAGGAGAAGCCGAAUCAGAUGCCUCUGGAUCGCUCGCCAUGAGGCGGCUUACAAUCGCGGUUUUCUGGCUGGCAUGUAUACACUUGGCUGCCACGACUUGCUGCACUUCUGCGGCGAUUCUGCACUUCAAGAUCCGUGGAGGAGUCUGCGGCGUAGUGGGUGCGAAAAGCAAUGGCACUGGCUGCAAGAUUACCAUAUGCGCCAAUGGAGAGGCCCUGGUGGGCAGCUAUUGUGGUAGGGCGGCAUGUGAUGUGUUUGGAUGCCAGUGCAUUAGGGGCUGCCUUCCAGGAUCUUUUGCCAGCGACUUUUUGAAAAAGAAUUACCUGCACGGCAUCGAAUUGCUGGGCACCGAAAUGACGGAACUGUGUUUUCUGUGCCAGUUCAUACCUAGAAAGUUGGAAAUUGCAAUAAAUUAA